AAAGUUCAGCGAAAACAUCAUAGAUGGCAGCACGUGCCUAAUUUACAGAAAUUCAAUACAGAAAUUGGAACAAGAGUCGAGAGAAGUUUAUUGUUUCUCUCAUAUUUUAUGCGUAAAGAUUUUUAUACAUGAAAGUUUUAUUUCGUUAUUUGUUCGGAACGAUGCGUUUGCGUUGUAAUAUUACAUUGAAAUAUUUAUUGCUCCGACCUCUUGAAUAAUAUUGUAUGUGGUACCUAUUCAUGACGUGUGUAUCGUAUUCGUAUAAUAAUACUGUGUGAGUGAUAAUGAUAACCUACACGGUCUUUCUGUAGCUACUAGCUAGUAUAUAAACGAUCCUACACCAGUUCGAUGAAUAAAAGACAUUGCAAAGGUGGUUAAAAGUGACGGAGUAUCGAGUAUAACAGCAGGUAUCGUGAGGCAUUCGGUCUCAGUAUCAUGUCAUAGCGUGUGGUAGCAAACUUACCGUCGGGUGGUGGUGCGGUGGUUAAAACUAGUAAUAGUACACUAUGGUGAAUCUCAGAUACCUAGUCGGGGUAGUUAAUGACAGCAUUGCACGCUGGUAACGGAUAGUAUCUGAAUGUGGAUUGAAAUGUGGUGUCGCUCCCAUUAUCUUGAAUCCGGUGGUGGUGACGUUGACACUUCGGAGUGCUAAUGACAGUGGACCGCAAGCGAUUGCGUUAAGUAGCUUUUGUUUGUAAGUGGAAGUUAUAAGCGGAGGUUGCUGCGUGGAAUGUUGUUCUGUGGUAGUGGCAGUGAGGUGGUGGCGAGCUGGUGACAGUCAGUGAUGCUCGUGAUGCGGAGGCAUGGUGGACGCGGCAGCCGAGCGGGCCGACGCCGCGGGUCAUGCAGCUACCUCCAGCUUCACCAAGGAGGUGGCGCACGCUUGGGAGUGCCGCAUCGGCCCGCCCGACGAGCCGGCGCCCGCCCACCGCGUGCAGGGCCUCUUCAACGAUAUCGAGCUGUAUCCAACUAAAACUCAGGUUUUUGAAAUGCUGGUAUGCGCACGGCAGUGUGCGCGGCGAAAAUCUCUCAUCCUCACAUUUGGAGAGUUCUGCGUCUUUGCGGCUGAACUGCGGCGGUGUUCGCGGCAGACGAGACAAACACCAAGUAAGCCUGAGUCGCCAGUGUGGAGCAUAGACAAGGAAUUUCGGGAUAAGGAAUCAAUUUGCAAACAUGUUAACGGCAGCGAGGCGUCGCCACCCCCCUGCGAGGUGUUCCUGGGCGGCUCGUGCAACCCCACCACAUGGAGGUCAGACAUCGCCAUACCUAUGCUUGAGAAGAUGGGCAUCACAUAUUUCAAUCCUCAAGUAGACGACUGGUCGACGGAACUGAUAGAGGUGGAGCAUCGUGCGAAGGCGGAGGCGCGGGCAUUGUUGUUCGUGCUGGACAGCGAGACGCGCGCCGUCGCGGCCAGCGUGGAGGCAGCGCAUCUAGCUGCGGCGCCUCGAGACCUGCUGCUGGUGCUGAGGCCUUACGCGAGACAUCAGGUCAUCGGAUCGGAGGCCAUCUCUGACCAGGAGUACAUUGAGCUAUCGCGAGCCCGCGCAACAUUGCAAGAAGCGGUAGAAAGGCGAGGAUUGCCCGCAUUCACGGACAUUCCCACGGCGUUGCGAUGCGCUCGCACCGUUCUGAGAGGCGCGAGGACGCACCCGCGUCACCCCUUGGGUCACACAAUCCUGCGGUUGAAACGCGCGUACGACGCGGCGGGCGGCAGGAACGCGCGGUUGACGCGCGCCCGAGCCGUCGAAGCGCUCAAGGACGCGACGCGGGUACCGCGCGAGCUUGCGGAACGUUGUUUACCACCGAGUGCGGAUACUAUCGACUUUGAAACCUUUUGUCGAGUCGCCGAGCUCGCUGCCGAUGCAGGGCAAUCACCGCACACUCCGUCAGGGUCGAGCGUGGCGGCGCGCGUGCGUCGCGCGUUUCGCACGCUCCGUGAUUUGCUCACCUCAUCUACCGUGUCCCCCGAAUAUCAGAACCGUAAUGGGACGGAAACGGAGAAUGCUGAGUCAGUAACGGCGAAAGUGGCGGAGAGAGGUACAAACCCACCCAGAGAGCACAACUGUUUGCGAGUACACAACCCUAGGCUCAGGGCGUACGGGCAGAAGCUGUCAUUGAAGAUACCGAAGAACGGUGGCAACAGGAGCGCAGUGGACGAGAGCACGGCGUCGGGCGGCAGCAGCGGCGACGCGGUGUUCACGCCGGGCACGGAGCGGCGCCUGGAGCGGCUGCCUGCCAUGCUGGGCGCGCCCACGCACGACGUGUAUCUCGGCGGGGCCUUCCCUUCGAACAGCACGCGACCCGAGGAGAUCCUCCGGCGGGAGGGCUUCACGUACGUGGUGCCGCGCGCCAACGACUACACGCGCAUGUUCUCCGCGCCCGCGCGCCGCACCGCGCCCGCGCCCGACUCGCCGCGCCGCGACAAGAAGCCGCGCCCCGACACGCACUCGCCCUCCCCGCCCUCCUCGCCGCCGCCCUCCUCACCGCAGCCCUCCGUGGAGCUGCGGCAGAGGGCGCCGGACGCGGAGAGGGCCGCGGACCGGCUCAGCGCGUCGGACUACUACACCGUCUCCGAGGAUGUCACGCCGCAGCCGUUUAAAGGCACGUACGACGAGGAGCAGUUGCUGGGGUCCCGAGUGCUGGUGUUCGCGUUGAGCGCGGAGGCGCCCAGCUUCUCGGCCAUGGUACUGGCGGCGCACUACAUGGGGCUGCGCGCGCCGCACACCGUGCUCAUAGUGCAACCCAUGGACCCCGUAAAGGCACACCCGUACAGCGAAGCGGCGGUGCGAGACUACAACCGCGGCCGCCAUUACCUCACGGACCUGGCGCGGCGCGCCGGCGUGCCCGUGUUCGACUCCGUGGACGACGCCAUGGCGUGCGUCGUGGCGCGGCUGCGGCCCGCGUAGCACACACACACAGUACAUAGUGCUUAGGGUAUGCACACACACAACAUGACCUGUUGCCAUGUCAUCGAUUCUCUUUCUAGAAACGCUAACGAUUAGAAAACUUAGAAUUUAAACUAUCGUGAGUGCUAUAUUAAUUGCAUCGCGGCACGAUCUUAACUGCGAAGCGGCUGCGUGACGCGCUGCUGCUCGCAUGGCGCGCUGGGAGAGGGGUUGAAUGGUGGGGAGUGAAGGUUCCGUUACACUCUCCAACGGUUCAUUAAUGUCGUCUUCAUUAGACACGUCUUCUUGUAAGCAAACCGAACUAACGCUAUCUUGUUCCAAGUUUGUUGUAUGUGACAAUGAAAGAAAUAGCGGUUUCCACGUAUCUUACGAGGUACUAGAAACUUUUCCCUUGACAAUACAGAAUGUAUGGGAAUUCACUAUCAAGUUAAGAUCAAGUUGGUCAAGAUCAAGUUGUCAAUCGGAUCUGUCAUUCCCAUACAUUUUGUUGGUUCUCGAAGCGUUAGCGUUUGCAGAAAGAGAAUCGACGUGCUACGUGUCUACAGGCUCAGGUACUUUAAACAAUGUGUCCACUAGUCUGCGUUUGUUACAAUUCAUACUUCAGGGGUCGCCAACCUUUUCGAUUCUCACGUUUUUAGUUCACCACCAGUGGCCUCGAAACUUGAAUACUAUUUUUUAAAUACUGUUGUCUAACAGAUGCGUAGAUAAUUUGAUGUGGAUAUAAUCUUACUGUUCUAGUCUUGGGCAAUGGUCUGACUUAUUUUUUUUUUUUUAAAGCAUUAAACAUUUUUGCACGUUGGAGUAUAUUAUCUUUAAUUGCGUUAGUUUAUCCGUAUAAUUAUUUUUUUUAAUUGCCGGAUAAAAUUAAUCUAAAUAUACACCGUGUAUUUUCCUUCGUCUUGGGCAUAGUUCGGACUACUUUUAGUCGAGUACGAACAAUUUUUGGUUACUUGACUAAAAUACUAAAGUACUCCGAACUAGGCCUUCAACCGCCCACAAAUCCCACAUAAUGUACCCAAUGUAUUUUGUCCAUUGGUGUUAUUAUAACAAAGUACAAUUCAAGGAGUUAUUAUUGUAACAAACUUUCAAAAGUCGAUUAUUUUAAAACAUCCUGUAUUUUCAAACACCUGCCUAUUCGACGCGAUGCGACGCUAUGUGACUCGGUGGUCAUUAUUAGUUUAAACUAGGUUAAAGUUCAAUGACUUCAUACUUACGAAACAGAAUUAAACAGGAUGUUUAAUUUUUUUUUAUAAAUUAAAAUUAUUUUUUUUUAUAAAUUAAUAUUUUGAUUUUGUAAUAAACGUUAACUAGUGGAUUACAAAGCUCAAACGAGUACACAACAGUUACAUCACAGCACACUAUUUAAUUCCUAUCGACAUAGAUUAUACUAAAUUGUGAAUUAUUUAAGAUUAAGGUUUUUAUUUAGGGAAUAUGGUAUGGACAUCGCGUUUCUUCUAGUACGAAAUAAACAUUUUAAAAACUUAUUAUUGAGAAAUGGUUUUAAGAAAUACUAAUUAUUAUUAUCUUUUUUAUUUGAAGACAUUUUUUUUUUCUAAUUAUAGGACAUGCCAGCGUAGGCAUACGUGGGUAUUUAUUUAUUUAUGAAUUACUGUCCUCACCAGCGUACUAGAAGUUUAGUGAAUAGAGCAACGCUUGAUUGAGGAUAUUCAGAGGGACCUAGUGGCAGUUUGGUACUGUGUCAAUCACGUUAACGUAAACGCGAAUUUCUAAGGAAUUGAAACAGCGCCAUCUAGUGACACUGCUGCACAACUGUUCCAAUUCCAUAUAAAUUCGCGUUUACGUUAACGCGAUAGUAACAGUAUGAAAACAUUGAGAACUCCCACUAGGCACACUGUUCGUCAAAUCUCGGACUGAGAGACCAUAUUUCGAUUCCAACACAACUAAUCGCUUUGGUACCAUAUUUUUAUUAUUGGCAUACUUUAUUCAUUCAAAAACAAAUAUGUUAAUAACUAAAUUGAAACUGAAAAUUAACAGUGUAUUAAAUUUAUAAUGACUAAAUUGGCACACAACUGAAAAGUUGGAGGUGUCCCAGACCGGAUUCGAACCCACACCAUCCGGAUACUGAGGCAGAGGUCAUAUCCACUGGUUUAGGUAAGUACCUAUAAUGAAAUCUAAUUAAACAACAUUUAACAGAACUGUUGCGGAGUUCUAAUCACAAUGUAGCAUUGAAAUUACUGAAAAUUAGUAUCAAAGCGAUUUGUUGCAUUUAUGAAAGAAAAUUAAUUUUAUUUUGUUUCCAUUUCUGAAGAUCGCGUUGUUGGUCGUGAAUUUACGCUGACAAAUAUAUGUCUAAAUAUUAAAAAAAAAUAAAGUGAAUCUCAUGAUGCGACCUCAGAUUCCUCAUACGUAAUUCCAUAGUAAUAUCACAAGCUACGUAAUAAAGACAUCACAUGUCAUCUGCCAUAAGGGUAUGUCCAACUCCGGCUAGAACGGCGAGACGGUUAUAGUGUAGAUAUUUGAAAGUUUAUUUCAGUUUAUUUUUCACGAAAAACAAAAUAUAUCGAUUUGCUUUAAUGAAAACUUAUUUAUAAUAUACAGUAAUAUCGGAAUAGCAAUAUCAAAUCUUUUUAAAAACCUGACAACAUUGCACAUGAUUAUUUCUUCAUAGAACUGCAUUGUUAGUGAUAUUCUAAAAAGUUUGUGAUACGGUACGAGUAGCUAUUUUAAGGUUGUAUAUUGAAGGCUUGAUGAUGAUGAUGAUGGCAUUUAAGAUUGACGACCUCCGAGCGCAGUGGUACGUGCAAUGGAUUUACAAGACGGAGGUCCUGGGUUCGAUCCACGGCUGGGCCAAUUGAAGUUUUUUUUUAAUUGGUCCAGGUCUGGUUGGUGAGAGGCUUUGGCCGUGGCUAGUUACUCCCUACCGGCAAAGGCGUACCGCCAAGCGAUUUAGCGUUCCGGUCGUGUAGAAACCGAAAGGGGUGUAGAUUUUCAUCCUCCUCCUAAGUUAGGCCGCAGCCAUCUGAUAUUGCAUCAUCACUUACCAUCAAGUGACAUUGUAAUCGAGGGCCAACUAGUAAAAAAUAAAAAAAAUCUUCCUUAAAAGGUUCAUGUCCUAUUGUAGGUUACUGUAUUUUGACAAUGCACGUCUGAAAUUUUACGGAAUUCUACUGCUAUAAUAAACUAGCCGUCCCUUUCUAACUUUAAAGAGUAGAAACAAGAUGUCAAUAUUCUAAUUGUCAAAUAUACAUUAUCAGGUUUCUGAAUUAAAGUGUAUUAUUUCUAAACCGAGCUGUAUGCAUUGAUUUUUUUUUUUAUAAAAUAUGUAACAGUUUUUAUUACAGUAUUGUUAACAUUAAUAUAGAAUGACGUAAUUUGUGUAUCUACGCUAUAAUCAAGUCGCCCAAUAGCCCGGAGGCGGCGAGUAGGUUAUCGCGACUAGGAGUCUCAUAUAGUGUACUUAUCAAUGUUAUUAUAAUUUCAACACUUAGUGUAGUACAAACAAGUCUCUCUUAUACUUCGUCACUCUCUAAUGUAUUAUAUUGUGAAAGCGUAGUAAUAUUAAUGAUGAAUCGUCUCAGUAGCUCAUAAAAUAGUUAAAUAUAUAAAAAACCUUGACUGUUAGGUACUAUAUUAUUACUACUUACAUACCUCAUUUUAUGAAUUAAUUUUUUUUAUUAAAAUUGUUAUGCAAGGUCCUUUAUUUGAUGACUUUAUAAUAAUAGGAUAGUUGACUCAUAUCAAAUUUAAUACAAACAAUACUAAUUUGGAUUGCAUAGAAAACUGAAUUUAAAAAUUAUGUAUUUACCUAUUAAAUUUUUUCAAUCGUCAAAAACGCUGUCGUUCAUUUUUUGACGUCACUAUGUUACUUGAUGUUACUAUAGGAAUAAACGUCAACGUCAACUAAUAAUUUUGUCAAAUUUUGUGUGUUUGUGUUUACGUGACGUCAUGAAACAGUUAAAAUAUGGACCAUGGCGAUAACGUUUUGGCUCGUAUCAAAAAGUAUUCAUGUUUCAAUAAAAUAUAAUAAAUUGUCUUCAAUCUAGUAGAACGCUAAUGAACAAUUGAAGACCCUUUUAAUAAAAUAUCUUUGUCAAUUUUCAUCCAGACUCAUUAUUCUGUUUUGGACAAAAUUCAGUUAGCAAUACCCUUUAUAAGAAUAAAUGGUAUUGCUUACUCAAUUUUGUUAUUUAUAAAACAUGGGUCAUACAUAAUUUUGUAAUGAUUAGCUAAAGACAAAGACUUAUUCGUUUUCCUAACAGUCAGGUGUUUUAUACAUGUAAAUCAAUGUAAGGAAAUAAUGAAGUUAAUUAAUAAAUAAACUUUGCCGAUUGCUGAUGGGACAUUGUAUUGCUGUAUUAUGCUAUUAUGUAAAUUGUGUCGUUGCAAAAUAAAUCAUUCAUUCAAAUUACUUUUUCCUGACACUUCAAAAUAUUUGUGCUUUUGUAUUAUCUAUGAAUUUGACAUUUUCAAUUGCAUUUUUCAGUGCCUCGUUUCCCUUCAUUCAUACACAAAACACAAGCACUAUUUGUUAAUGUAUUGAGUUGCCAGGAAAAAAUAACUUACAUGAUUAAUUUAAUAUAUAUUUAUGGCUACUUUGGUGGUUCAUCAUCACCACGCGGUUCGACUUUGUAUGAAAGGACAGAAUGAAAGGUGAUGGUAUCGCUGAGCGCAAACCUUGGCGGGCAGCUCCAUACUGAUUAAUCUUGUUCAUACAUUUUGUAUGAACCGGAUCAUACAAUGGCGUAAACAUAUUUCUAGAGCACACCUUAACAAUUUACUCUUCAAUUAAUUUAUGUCUUGUAUGAGCCAUGCAUGAAAUGUAUGAAACAAAGAUGGUGCGACUUGACCAAAUAUGUGCGAGCCUUAAAUCUUGAGUUCAACAAAUCACUGUGAUGAAUUCGUGUAGUAAAUUUUUAAUCUUGUGAAUUUUCAAUGCAUAUGUAGAUUUUAGCAUAAAUAAUGUAGGAUUAAUAUAAGUUACGCAGGCGGAUAAAUUUAAAGUCUCAUGUUAACACGUUUUAAUGACUCUUAACAUGACAAACAUCAUGCCAAUACACUAUCAAGAAAAAGCUACGUACACACUAUAGUACGUUUGACGAGUCGAGAUAAAAUAUGUAAACUUUUGAAUGGUGGGAGGCUUCGGACGUGGCUAGUUACCACCAUACAUAAGACGUACCGCCAAGCAAUUUAGCGUUCCGGUACGAUGUCGUGUAGAAAUCGAGAGAGUUGUGGACUUUCAUCUUCCUCCUAACAUUUUUUUUUAAAAAGAGAAUGUUCGCCAUGUAUUUUUAAAUAUGGCCAAUAUUCCCAUUUCCCUCCAGCUAGUCAGAAAGACUGUGUUAGGAGUGGGUACGACAAUAGACCAACAGGGUGGAGAUCGAACAAUCAUCCUUCGCUGAUGAGUCCGACCGCUCUUACCGUUGAGCUAUUGGGGCUAUAAAGAUUUAUCUUAGAUUGAAAUUUAUAAAGAUUUAUCAUAGAUAUCUUAGAUUGCAUCAUCACUUAACAUCAGGUGAGAUUGUAUUCAAGGGCUAACUAAACUUGUAAACAAUAAAAAAAACUACUUGACCGUUACUAAGAUAUGUAUGCGGAAACGAGUGAGUAUUAUAUUCUCACCUCUGUCGUAAGCUACCAUCUUGUCAAUUUGUUUACAUUCUAUAUCUCGCCUAGUUAAACGGAGUAUAGAACAAGACAAAGGUAUUUAAUUAUCGCGUAUUGAUGAUAAUUUUAAAAACAAAAGAAUGUUUUUUGGAGUUAGCACCAUCAUUGCUUUAGAAUCGUGCGAUCAAAUUAGGUAUUUUUAUUUUAUUUCAGAAUGUAUGUAUCUUUUUAAUUUUCUAGUGUAUUGGCAUAUGUAGUUAAACUAUACAAAAUAAUUUACAAAUAUGUUAACUUAACCAGUCUGCAGGCUUAUGCUGUAAGAUUUUUUGACUACAGAAAUUCACUGCGAAGCGCUAAGUUUUAAAAUAACUGCGAUUUAUUGAAUGUCGAAUGUCAUAAAAAGAUACAGUAUAACCCUGCUGGAAUGGAAAGUACAAAAUAUAUGUCUUGCUCACGUAGCACGUUUGAAGAGUAUGUUGUAAUUGUUAUUUGGAAAAUAUUGUUAUGCAAAAUUAUAACCUUUAUACUCAUUUUUAAUCUAGAUAUAAUUGAUAUGUUACGGGCUAUUAAUUAGAUAGAUGAAUAAUACAAAUACAAAAUAGUGAUAAAUGAUUUUUUGACACUUUUUGAUUUGUGUUUUACAUAUUCUAUAUGCAUUAAUUUUGGUGUCAUUUGCCCGUAACAGACAUAUACAAUUCUAAAAAAAUUGAUAAGCAAAAUUUUAAGAAUCGCUUGCAAAAUAAUAAAUCGAGCUUGUAAAGCCUCGAUUCCAUACCUAAACUAGGUAUAGCGUAGUUAAUAUUAGUUAAUUUAAGUUGUAAAACAUUUGACCCACUGUCGCUAAAAUAUUACAAUUUUAUAUAAUAAUAAUCGGCAAAUACUAUUUGCUAGUCACAUCCAUUAACAAUUUAAGUACUUUGUAAUAUUGUUUGAUAGUACAAAUAUCUAAUUUAUAGAAAAAAUAUUUCAUAUAUUAAUUGUAAUUAUAUGCCAUGUACGCUUAUUUUAAACUAAAAACAUCACAUGUAAAUAUAGAAAUUUGUAAUUAUAA